CCUGCUUCGCUUGUUUCUCCUGCUCUUUCGUCGCGCCUCGCCUUUCUUGACACGAAAUCUGUCGUCGAGACUGCAAUCUUUCUUUCCCCUCUUAUCGCCCCAGCUUUCGUUCACGCCAUCAUGAGCACUCUGGCUGCUGCCCGCUACGGCAAGGACAAUGUCCGCGUCUACAAGGUUCAUCGCGAUGAGAAGACCGGUGUCCAGACCGUCGUUGAGAUGACUGUCUGCGUCCUGCUGGAGGGCGAGAUCGAGACCUCCUACACCAAGGCCGACAACAGUGUUGUCGUCGCCACCGACUCAAUCAAGAACACCAUCUACAUCACCGCCAAGCAGCAGCCCGUCACUCCCCCGGAGCUGUUCGGUUCCAUCCUCGGCACGCACUUCGUCGAGAAGUACGCUCACAUCCACGCCGCGCACGUCAACAUCAUUACCCACCGCUGGGUGCGCAUGAACAUCGACGGCAAACCCCACCCGCACUCCUUCAUCAAGGAGGGCGGCGAGACCCGCAAUGUCCAGGUUGACGUGAUCGAGGGCAAGGGCAUCGAUAUCAACUCCUCCAUCAACGGCCUGACCGUUCUCAAGAGCACCGGCUCCCAGUUUUGGGGCUUCGUCCGCGACGAGUUCACCACCCUCAAGGAGACCUGGGACCGCAUCCUCAGCACCGAUGUUGCCGCCAACUGGCAGUGGCGCCGCUUCAGCGGCCUGCCCGAAGUCAAGGCCAAUGCCCACCACUUCGAUUAUGCGUGGGAGACGGCCCGGAACACCACUCUCAAGGUCUUUGCUGAGGAAAACUCCGCCAGUGUGCAAGCGACCAUGUACAAGAUGGGCGAGCAAAUCCUGGCCGCCGUGCCUCUCCUCGAGACGGUCGAGUACGCACUGCCGAACAACCACUACUUUGAGAUUGAUCUCAGCUGGCACAAGGACCUCAAGAACACCGGCAAGGACGCCGAGGUGUACGUCCCCCAGUCCAACCCCAACGGCCUCAUCAAGUGCACGGUGGGCCGUGCUGGCCAGAAGGCCAAACUUUAA